UAAGGGCGAAGAGGAAUGGGGGGCCGUACGGAGAGAAGCCCCUGAGUGAGAGGAGGUCAGGCAGUAUGACUUGAGGUGACACGGUCUGUCUGCUUGCCAGGACAUGAGUCGUAAAGCUUUCCUGACCAUCCUAUGUUGGAGUGCGCUGUCGUCCGAGUGCUCUAGGGUAGAGGAGAGUGUGCUUCUAGGCGGAAUGCGUGUUGUGGUGUAGCGUAGUAUGUCGCCCACGCGCUACUGUCCCCUGCCAUCAGGGAUGUACGCCAUUUCCAUAGUCGGAUCGGUGCUUUGGCAAGUGGAGAUGCCUCCCUGGCUGUCUGGGGACGUCGGCAACGUCUGUCGUCUGCCUGAAGAACAGAAAGCGUCCAAGGAUUUGUAGCUCCGGUCCAACACGCCGCUCCGAGUUGUGUUGGUCGACGCUCGGCCGGCGGCAGUUCAAUGGCAGGCGGGGCAGGCAGGCGGGGCAGGCAGGCGUGUGCCGCCCGCACACCUAUACCGAGUCCAUCGAGGCAGGCAUCCGCCUUCCCCUUCUUCUCCUCACCCACACCCCCCGCUCUUACUGCUCUUACUGCUUUUGCUCUUUUUGAAAGACUAAAACCACUGAGACCACCCACUGCUUUACCUGCUUUACCUUGCUGCUCUUACAAGACAUUUACAAUGGCUUCUAACACCAGCAUCCCCUGUGCUUCCAAGUUCUGCCUCAUCCAUCUUUCGCUGGCGAAAAAGGAUCAAGCAACCGCCUGUGUAUCGGCUGGACCGGUAGAGUAUUGCCCUGAGUGCCUUCGUAUCGAGGCACUCUAUGACGCUAUGUCUUACGGCACCCCUACGCCAAUGGAGGAGCUGUCCCUGCUAAGCGACAGUGGCUCAGAGAGCGAGCAGCUCCAGGAGCCUUUCCGAGGUAAAGUUCUGGCAGGUCUCCCUGACAAUCUCUUUGCCCCUUCUGCUGUCCCCUCUGUCAGCUCGCCCACUCUCCCCUCUGUUCCCACCCCUGCAGGUGAGAUCGACGAGAAGAAGCCCGUCGAGAACGACGUGGAGGAAUGCUCCUGGUCCUACGGACCCUUCUGUCUACGACCCGACACUGGUCGCAACGCUUCCUUCUUCGGACGAGAGCUUGACCAGUUCGUCUGGCCCGGACCUGAGUGGUCGGACUGCACCACCUUCUACUCUGAAGGCCACUCCGACAUCAUCAUCCGACGAAGCGACAAGGCCAACCCUGCCGCCAUGUUCGCCCGCUGGAUGGAAGAGGCCGUUGCCAACGAGGCCGCCGCUACUGCCGCCAAGGAAGCCGCCGAUCUCCAGGAGUGCUCCUUCUCCUUCAGCUCUUUCUGUGUCAUCGGUGACUCCGACGUCAACGCCUCCUUCUGUGGACAGGACUUCCAAGGCAAACUCGACUGCCCAUCCGACUUGGACGAAAUCAUGGAAGUCGUGGAGCAGCCCGAGCCCACUACUCCUUCGUCUGAAGUAGCCCCUGCACCCUGCAAGCUGCUCACCGUAGGUGCUAUCCUCACCAGCACCGCCACCACUGCCAUCAAGUCGGGGAACUCCUCCCUCAUCGUUCCUUCUAAGGCCAUGAAGCGCUUCAUCCCCAAGAAGGACCCCAGGGCGAUGCCCCAGCACGCAAAGCACACUGAGGAUGCCUCCUUCGCCCUCGCUGAGCUCUCCCAGGAGUCUAUGCUCAUCGAAAAGGACAUCAACACCCUCUUUGAGCUCACUUGCGCAGCUCCAUCCACCCUGCCCACGCUCGCCGCAAAGUCCAAGACCAACGAGGAUGUCUCCUUUGCCCUCGCACAGCUCUCUUACGAGUCGAUGAUCAUCGACGCUGCCAUGGGACCUCUCUUUGCCCUGGCAAGCAAGACUGCACCGGUCAAGACCAAGCGCACCGCCAAGAAAUCCGCCAACAAGGACGACUCCCUUCCCUUGCCCGAUAUCUCGGCAGGAUCGCUACUGCUCGCCAACUGCAGUGCUUUCCGACGCGAGCUCGCCGCCGUGGGACCCACCACCGUCGACAUUAACCCCUUGAAGGCUCCCAAGGUCGUCACCAAGGCUGUUCAGACCAUCAAGUCGAAGGCAUCCGCCCUCGCCAAGAACAGCAAGACUUCCAAGAGCACGAAGAGCACUGCACCCACCACUGCCACUUCCGUGGUUGGUGCUAAGGCUAAGGCUACCCCCACUGCCGCCAAGCCGCUCAAGGGACGCACCAGCGCCAUUGUGCCUCCCACCAAGACUGCCGCACCCAAGGUGGCAGCCGUCAAGCCAAGGGAAAGCUCGACACCUAUGGUUUUCAGGAGCAGGAUCAGCAUUGCCAACGCACCCAAGACAACCGUUGCACCCAAGAUUGUCAAGGCUGCUGGCACCGCCACCGCACCCAAGGUCGUCAAGGCCGCACCUGCCAAGGUUGCACCCAAGACCACCGUGGCACCCAAGGCAACCGUAGCACCCAAGAUUGUCAAGGCUGUUGGUGUUCCCACUGCACCAAAGACUGUCAAGGCAACCCCCAAGCCUGUCACAGCCGCCGCUACCGCUGCUCCUAGGACCGCCGAAGCCAGGAAGGGCCUGAAGACUGCCGUCAAGCACUCUCUCCCCGCCCCUGCUUCGAAGACAGCCAACGCUGUGGAAUGGACUCCUGCACGCAAGGUCAAGGUCGUCACCGCAGAGGACUGCGUCUGCAAGUUCUCCACCCCCAUGCGAGACACCAAGCGACGCACCAGCCCCAUCUGGCUCCGCGGAAGUGGCACUGCCGCCCUCACCUCCGUGCAGGAGAAGCCUCUGAGCCUCGAGGACAUCUCCUUUGAGGCCGAGGUGCUGAUGGAGGACCAGGACCAGGACUUCUUGGCCUUCAAGAAUGGAGCUACCAAGCAGGCUUAAAUCGCCUCUCUUGGCCUCUCAUGACGUAGAGGAAGCAAGUCUCAAGACCGCAAGUCGCAAGUCACGUCCGAGAGCACCUUGGAACCUACCAUUGCCUGCAACACCUCGCGUCCAGGACCCAUCACCCUCAACCACAGCGUCCAUGCUUGUUCAAGUGAGCCUCUCGUCGCUCGGGU